UAGCGGGGCCGCCGUGGAGGGCGUCGUGCUGUCCUGCUCGCUCCUGCUCGCCCGCGGGUCGGCGCGCUCGCCCAGCUGAGCGGCCACCGGGCUGCGGGGCCGCCGGGCUGCACGCUCAGCCGCCGCCUGGGAAGCAGAGGCAGCUGGUCCAGCUCGGAGAUGGAGAGCGGGCGAAGUUGACGAGCCCCCCACCCACGCUGCGCCGCUGCUGCCCAGAGGUGCGCUGCCCUCUCCGGGAGGCGCCCGCACGCCGCCCUGCUCCAGGGCUGCAGCCAGCGGUCUGUCGCGCGUGCUUGUUUGCCAAAGGAGCCGCCCAGGGGAGAAGACCCGGAGGGGAGUUGUUGCCCCUGGGGAUACCUGCCGCCCAGCCGAGGGGUCUGGGCGGCCCGGAUGUGCAGGACCCAGCCCCGCAGCCGCUGACGCCGGGCGGCGGCGAAGUUUGGCUGCUGAGCGGCGCGGCGCAGGGCCACUGGACAGCGGGCCGCCCGGCGGGAGCGAUGCCGAUGGGGGGCCUGUUGCCGCUCUUCAGCAGCCCCGGGGGCGGCGGCCUGGGCGGGGGGCUCGGCGGCGGCGGCGGCAGGAAGGGGUCUGGCCCCGCCGCCUUCCGCCUGACGGAGAAGUUCGUGCUGCUGCUGGUGUUCAGCGCCUUCAUCACGCUCUGCUUCGGGGCGAUCUUCUUCUUGCCCGACUCCUCCAAGCUGCUCAGCGGGGUCCUGUUCCACUCCAGCCCCGCCCUGCAGCCGCCCGCCGACCACAAGCCCGGGCCCGGGGCGCGCGCCGAGGACGCGGCAGAUGGGCGAGCCAGGCACCGCGAGGAGGGCGCGCCCGGGGACCCGGCGGCCGCCCUGGAGGACAACUUGGCCAGUAUCCGCGAAAACCACGAGCGGGCUCUCAGGGAAGCCAAGGAGACCCUGCAGAAGCUGCCCGAGGAGAUCCAAAGAGACAUCCUGCUGGAGAAGGAGAAGGUGGCCCGGGACCAGCUGCGUGACAGGGCGGUGUUCAGGGGGCUACCGCGGGUGGACUUCUUGCCCCCCAUCGGGGCGAUUAGCCGGGAGCCGGCCGACCCCUCCAUCCGCGAGAAGAGAGAAAAGAUCAAAGAGAUGAUGAAACAUGCUUGGAAUAAUUAUAAACGUUACGCUUGGGGCUUAAAUGAACUGAAACCUAUAUCAAAAGAAGGCCAUUCGAGCAGUUUGUUUGGUAGUAUCAAAGGAGCAACAAUAGUAGAUGCCCUGGAUACGCUUUUUAUUAUGCAAAUGAAAGAUGAAUUUGAAGAGGCAAAAGAAUGGGUUAAACAAAAUCUGGAUUUUAAUGUGAAAGCCGAAGUUUCUGUUUUUGAAGUAAAUAUACGCUUUGUUGGUGGACUACUCUCAGCGUACUAUCUGUCUGGAGAAGAGAUAUUUCGAAAGAAAGCAGUGGAACUUGGGCUAAAAUUGCUACCUGCAUUUCACACUCCCACUGGAAUACCUUGGGCAUUGCUGAAUAUGAAAAGUGGGAUUGGAAGGAACUGGCCCUGGGCCUCAGGAGGCAGCAGUAUUUUGGCAGAAUUCGGAACUCUGCAUUUGGAGUUUAUACAUUUGAGCCACUUAUCAGGAAACCCCGUCUUUGCUGAAAAGGUAACGAAUAUUCGAACAGUACUGAACAACCUGGAAAAACCACAAGGCCUCUAUCCUAACUAUCUGAAUCCCAGUAGUGGACAGUGGGGUCAAUAUCAUGUCUCAGUUGGAGGACUUGGAGACAGCUUUUAUGAAUAUUUGCUAAAGUCAUGGUUAAUGUCUGGCAAGAAAGAUCUAGAAGCUAAGAAGAUGUAUUUUGAGGCUGUUCAGGCAAUUGAGACUCACAUGAUCCGAAAGUCUAGUACGGGACUAACAUACAUCGCGGAGUGGAAAGGGGGCCUCCUGGAACACAAGAUGGGCCACCUGACCUGCUUUGCUGGAGGCAUGUUUGCGCUCGGGGCAGACGAUGCUCCCCCAGGCAUGACCCAGCACUACCUUCAACUCGGGGCUGAAAUUGCCCGUACCUGUCAUGAGUCGUACAAUCGCACUUUUGUGAAACUGGGACCAGAAGCUUUCAGAUUUGAUGGCGGUGUUGAAGCCAUUGCUACAAGGCAAAAUGAAAAAUACUACAUCCUCCGGCCAGAGGUGGUGGAGACUUACAUGUACAUGUGGCGACUGACUCAUGAUCCGAAGUACAGGAAAUGGGCCUGGGAAGCCGUGGAGGCCCUGGAAAAUCACUGCCGGGUGAACGGAGGCUAUUCGGGCCUAAGGGAUGUUUACCUCAGCCGUGAGAGUUAUGAUGACGUGCAGCAAAGUUUCUUCCUGGCAGAGACGCUGAAAUAUUUGUACUUAAUAUUUUCUGAUGACGACCUACUCCCUCUGGAACAUUGGAUCUUCAACACCGAGGCACAUCUGCUCCCUGUACUCUGUUCGGAUGGAAAGGAGAGUGAAGGCAAUGAACAAUAAAAAGACAAUUGAUAUUUUCUUCUGCUCCAUUCCCUUCACUGCAUACCUUCAUAAUUCCUUUUCUGGUGUUCAGGCACAUGUUGAACUUUUAUUAAUAGGUCUGUGAUUAUUCUAAGUUCUAAAAUUGUUUUGCAGUCUUUCAUGUUUACCAUCAGAAGCAUUGACAGACCUAAAUUCCUUGUCAUAGCCCUUAUUAUUCUAUCAGUGGAUCACAAGUUGUUCUUUCUUUUCUUUUUUUUUUUUAAGUAAUCUCUGGAGUUCAUGAAGGUAUCGUAUCAUCUUUAUUAAACUGAGUAGAAUGGUAUACCAAUGACCUCUUAAUUACAAUUUUGAUUUGACUGCAAAACUUUUUCCUCCUCUAUGAGGAGAUGAUGUCUGCUUUAAGCUGUAAUGUUUUGCCAUGUUGCAAAAAGCCAUAAUAAUAAAUUAAAUAUUAAAGAAGCUUUUUUCCUUUUCGAUUUCAUAUUAAUCUGGUUUGUCUAUCCACCAGAGACAGAUCUUAUAACUGUGACAGCCUCCUUAUGCGGGUCUAUCAUUAUUUGAUAGAAUGUCUUCUAAAAUACUUCACUCACAUUGUAAUUCAAAUUAGAAUGUCAUUCCAAAAGGAUCAUCUCAUGUUGACCUCAUUUCGUUGGAACCACAGUAUAUUUUUGUUGGUUAAUUAUAUUAGUGUUUCCUAAUUUGUGAAUUAGUUCUCAAAUUUUGCUUUAAAUGCCCUGUGUCAUUUCUGGAUCGUGUACUGGUUAAUUAUUUUUUCCAUUCCCUACCGCACAGCGAGGUGAGCUUUCAAGUUCUGCAGAGCUCUCCUAUUACUGAAUUACAUUUUUUAAAGGGAAAAGUGGAACUUUUAGUGGGCUAGCUUUUGCUUUUAACUGAAUAUAUGAAGAAAUUGGUCUCCCUAAAGAAAGGGUGAGUAUUUCAUAUGGAUUUUGGUUUGCAUUUCAUCUUUAAUUUUUUCUCUUGAGAAAAAGAAAGCAUUACAUUUGGUUCAGAUUUUUCAGAUUUGAAAAGGGCCCUUUCUCAAAGGUAGUAAAUUAUUUCAUUUCGGUUUAUGAAAGCAAGAUUUAACUUUGAAAGAAGCUUUGCCAAUGUAUCUAUUCAUGCUCAGUUGAGGAAAACCUAAUAAACUUUUAGGCCAAAUAAGAUUAUAGUAUAUUUUGUCUAGUUAAAUUCAACAUAGAGAUCCGGGCUUAGAAGCAAUAUAUAAGAAUGGACAUGGCCAAUCCCCCACAAUCCUGGAGCAGAUCAAAAUAAUUAUAUGAUUCUUCAAAGCAUUGUUUUGAGAUAUGAGUGGUUUUCCCAAGAAUAGAUUUGGUGACAUCUUGUGUUUUCUUAUCAUAUCGGUUCAUAUUUUAACUAUAUUCCCAGGAAAGGGCUAAUAUGAUGAUGUGCAUACUGAGGCACAAAGAGUUUGACCACCUGCAUUGUUAACUUCCACCGGUCAGAUAGAUCAGUGCACUGCCAUGAGUUAGGCUGAAGCCUAUGAAAUUGCUGCAUUUGUAGUUUAAAACUGUUCAAUAUAAGCAAUUUUAUAUGGCUCACCCUUAUAUUUUUUAGGAUAAUUAUUUUCUCAGAUCUCCAUAGACUUAAUUGUUUUAGCUGUUUCAACUUUUGAAAGCGUUUCAAAAGAUCUUCCGUUGUCUGAAAAGACCACCUUGUGUGACCUGCUCUUUUUUCAGUGUUGUACAUUGGUAUAUGUCGAAGAAGAAAUUAAUAAAAUUAGUAAAUGGAAAAGAUCCUUUAGUACAUCAUUAUUGCCAUGUUAAUGUGUUUCUGUGACCCAGAAUAACUUCUUCCACUCAUAUCUUCAGCUCACCUUAUGAUAUGAAAUGAAUGGAUAGUGAGAGUCCUUUUUUCCCUUUUUGCCUUUUAAAGGCAACAUAUAAAAGAUUAUUGCCAAAAUUGGGCCAUAUGUAUUUAGAUUAUAAUUUUCAUGUGAAUGUCCUUGGAGUGGCAAUUUGUUAUUUAUUUUCUCUGCUUUUCAAUUUGCUUUGAAAGAGCACAAAGCUGGUAGGGCUUUCUGCAGCAGGUCGGAUGCUAAAAUCAGGUUGUGUGUAUACACUGCACUCUAAUGUACCUUUUGUCUGCUAAUAUAAAUAGGCAAGAGGAUUGUACUACAUGUUGCUCUGCCACUGGCAAGAACAAAGUUUUUCAAUUCUAGAACUUGGAUUUUUAAACGUAAGUCCCAAAACACCAAAAAUGUAAACAAGAUAAGAGAUUAAUAUUACGGUGAUAUAAUUUAAUUAAAGUUAAAUUUUGCAUUAGUUAUUUUAAACAAUUGAAGUCCUUAGGUAGACACUGUCUUUCAUUCAUUUUCUGCAAAACUGUGCAGCUAAGUUUACAUAUCUAUUCAUGUCCUGAAAGGUGAAUAAUUAAAACAGCACUUAAUUUUGUGUUUGUGCAUAUGUUUUUGGUAUACUUUGUGCAAUUAAUAUUACAUACAUAAGGCGUAUGGCAAUUUACAGAACUCAUUGUUUGUCAUGACUCCAUAUGUAUUAGCCACUCUUUCCAUUGAUUGUUUUUGAUUUGUACGUAAAUCCAUUCUGUCAUUUCCAACUUUAUAUAAAUCUCUAAUGUUAUGGGAAACAUAAUAGAUUGACACAUAAUUUUUAAAAACUAUAUUUGUAAAAUUUCUCUAUUGUGAAUAAAGCCUUUUAAUAUAUCUCA